UCGUGACACCACAGCAGGUGAUGCUGUCCAAUCGGCUUGCAAAGAGUUUGGCAUAACAGAAGAUCUUAAAGACUAUGCUUUAUACAGGGUGUCAGUACAAGGAGAAAAGUUUGUGAAGCAAUCUAAACUACCUGAUCCACUUUCUAAACUGGCUGAUAUACCAUUAGGCUCAAGAUAUUACUUGAAAAACACGAUGAACAGUGAACAGCUCCUACCAGACGAGCAAAUACCCGAUCUUUUAAAAGAAGCAAAUUUCUCAUUUUUAGACCUAAACUGCUUUGAGGUUGCAGUAUUUCUGACACGUAAGGAUUACAAAAUGUUCCAAGCCACGGCUUCUACUGAUUUUAUUGAAGAUCUUUUCCACCUUGAUGCAGAACUUACACAGUUCAAGGCUUUUGAAGAUCUUGUGAAUCGAGAGUUAUUCUGGGUAGUAACAACUUUAUGCAAUGAACCAAACUUAAUUCAACGUUCGAAAAUAAUUAAACAUUUCGUAAAGAUUGCGCAUCACUGCAAAAUACUCAAGAAUUUAAAUUCAACAUUUGCUCUUAUAAGUGGUUUAGGGUACAGAGCUGUAUCCAGAAUGAAGCAAACUUGGGAAAAAGUGCCGGCAAAAUCAAACCGUUUAUUUGAAGAGCUACAAGCCUUGAUGGAUCCGUCACGUAAUAUGUCAAAAUACCGAACCCUGCUAAAUGAGAUGGUCUCUCAACCACCAGUGAUACCUUAUAUACCAGUCAUUAAAAAAGAUCUCACAUUUUUGGACCUCGGUAACGACACAAAGGUGGAAGGAUUAAUCAACUUUGAGAAAAUGCGAAUGAUUGGAAAAGAAGUUCGGAACGUGUGUCGUCUCUGUGCACCUGACAGUACCCAGAUUCUACCCAGUGCCGCUGCGCAGCAGAGAGAGUCCGAAAAAGGCAGCCAGAACCCUAUCUACCUAACCCUGGCCCGCAGAGGACGUAGGUCUUCGUUUAACAAUGUAAGAAGACUUUACGAGGAUCAGAUAAACGUACGACGCGUCAAACAAUACAUGCAGUCAAUAGAAGUCGUUUCCGAUGAAGAUAAAUUAAUGGAAAUGUCGAAAGCUGUCGAAUCUGUUAUACCGAGCGCCUCCAACCAACAAAAACGAAGAAACACAACCGCAUCUCUUCCUUCGGACUCCCCAUCAAGAUCCUCCAAGACUCUUCCAGCGUUCCCGCUCCGCACAUCCUCUAACGGCUCAAGCAGCAGUCUCCACUCGAGAAAUAACUCUGAGCCUCAGCUCGCUGCUGUACCAGUAAUAGCCCUUCAUCCAACAAGAAAAAAGAUGCCAGUUUCAUCGCUCCCAAAAUUUGGUGCCAAUUCACCCCAAGCGUUACGAAAGCUUUUAUCCCUUUCUGAAGAAGGAGGGGGCAACGACAAAACUGGGGGUAAAAAACUGGGUACCCGGCGAAAUGGGUCAGUCAGCAGUCAUGAUCUUUCACCCGCGACUUCACCCUACAUGUCACCCAAGCGAAGAGAAGAUGCGCAACACUCAGUAGCAAACGAAAACAUCAACAGAAACAACAACAGACUCAGUUUACCAACAGGUGUAGUAGCAGAACCCCCCUCCCCAAGCAUCCAAAGUGCUCCGAUAAACUCUCGCAAAUUCUUCCCACCGGGCGGCAGUAGCGCCACAUCCAGCUCUCGUUCAAGUAUCGCGAGCGCAUCUAGUCUCGGGACAGUCUCGUCUUCAAAUCCGACCCAUUCGUCACUUUCCUCACUAGGAGGCAGUAGCAGUCCACGGUCAUCGUCUCCAGUAGGUUGGGGCCAAAGUGGGGGAACCACCGGCCCCCAGUUGGGGCCACACCCCUCACACACCCACUAUCAUCAGCAAGGUCGUACGAGUUCAAGUUCUUCGGCAGAUACUGUGAAAUCAGGAGCUGGUCGCCAUCAUGAACGCCCUGUUAUCAAACAAACACGUAACGGACGAAGCAGCUCGUUUGGCGGUGGUGGUAUGAUGUCAUCAGCGAUGAUGUCAUCGAUCCCAGACCGAAGAAUGAAUCAGAUGUCUUCUUCAACUUCCACUCCAUCUCUAAGUGCUCCUGGAAGCCACCAACCACUCAUUUUACCCAACCACCCACAAAUGCCACGAACACCAAGUAUUGACAGCGGCAUCGUCAGUGUGGGGUCGAUUUCAUCCGAUUCGACGAGAUUUAAUCCUUCUGAUGAUGCUGAGAUCUUUGGGAGAGUCCACCACCAUCCAGGACAUCAAAGGCAACAUCCGGGAAGACAUUUAGAUCAGCUGCAUCACAGGAUCAACGAGCAGAGCCAGCUAUCCCCGCAUCUUCGUCACGGAAGAUCUAACCCUCCUCCUCAGUUAGAGGAAGAAGACAAAGUAGAACAGACUUUUUUAUCUGGAUUUAGGGGUCAUGGGGAUACCCCGCGACCAGAUACUAAAGUUCCCUCUAACUUUUACCCCCAAUCGGUCACCCACGUUGACCAUGGGGGUCACCCAGGUGAACCCAUGACUAUAUAUGGGCAUGUGCCUCCUGGGCAGAGCAGACCAAUGUAUAUGAUGCCGCGAAACUUCGGCAAAAGCGGCGUUAAAGGCAUCCACGAUUACUUAAUCUGUGAACGGCAUGCUAUGAUGAGAAGUCGGCAAAUUUACGCGAAUCACCAUAUAACAUAUCAUCGCCCUGAACCAGUUAAAACACCAGAAGCAUUACUAGAGGACCAACUCGUUCUAGAGCUGCAGAAACAACGUCCACAACUUCAGCGCCAUAAGAACUCUCCGAUUUCUGAAGACUCAAAUUUAUCCGACAAACUUAGUAAAUCGGACCCAGCGUUAAAUGUACCCUACCCUAACCCCUAUGAAGACCCCCGUAUACGUCUACCCCCUCCAGCAAGAACAUCAUCCCCAAAAUCGAUGAUAAAACAAGCGUCGUUGCCCCACCCCUCACCCCUAUCUCCCUGCAAUGACAAUGUGUUUUCCCACAACCACUCUUACCACACCCCUAACGACUCUAGAAGCUCAUUUUCAACCCCCAACCACUCCAGACCCCACAUAACCCCACCUUACCCCCAAAACACCCCUACCUCUACCCCAAACACUUCACGAAAUAUACCCACUCGUGCGGAGGACCCAUCCCUUAACUGGCAAUACCCUAGUCGUGACCCCCCAAUUCCGAGACCCACUACCUUAAACACGACAUCACCCUACCUAAAUUACAGUGCCCAGCACGGAGAAAGCGCGUUACAGGACCCCAUAACCCCACAAUAUGACCCCCAUUCAAACCAAUACGAAUUAUACCCCAUCCCAGUCGACAUGACCCCUAAUAGCAGUAUAAUUACCACCCCCCAUUUGCCCCAUAGCACCCAAGUACCCCAACAUUUGAUAAACGGGUCACCAGGUCCACAGUUACGGCGUAAAACAAGCCAGGAUUGGAAUGAAACAGAUCUAGAUGGUGAAAAGAAUCAACAGACAAUGAAAGCUUGGGGCAGCAGUGCCAGUUUACCGGCGACCCCUCUUACUUCAAAGUCAAACAACCCCCAAAACCCCCUACCACCCCACACCCUUCAACCCACUUUAUUGCAUGGGAGUUCUAUCAGUGCACUGACAGUGACAAGUAAAACAAAGAAACCUGCGCCUGCACCACCACAACGCACAUCAAGCUUUGCACGUUCCCGUCAACUUCGUAUAAGCUCCACAACAAGUCCAACUUCAGAGUCACCACCUCUGUCACCCCUAACACCAACCGAGCAUUGCUCUCUUGAUGUUUCAACCACUUGUAAUGGUUGGAUGGGCAAUGGUCAUGUGAUCACUAAUGGCUAUACACCAUCCGAAACUCGUGUUGCACCUUUAGAACGCCGAUCGCUCCCGACUUAUACAGAAGCUGUCAAUCAAAUAAACUUGAAGCAAAGUCGCUUCCCUGCUCCUUUAAAUAACUACAGAUCUUUUAAUAUUGAUGCACAUGAAAACACAGAGCAAGUAUCCCAAGUAUGACAUCAUCAUCUCAUUAUGACAUCAUCCCCUUAUUAACGUCGCACGCCCUCUUUUCCGAGUUCCAUUGCGACGUCGCUUUUUACCCCGAGCUGUUUUAUCGCUGUUUUAACGCCAUUGAAAUCUUAUUUUGCUGACGUUUGAUGUCUAUUAUGUUGUGCCUUUAUGCGUACUCUUGACUGUGCAUUGAAUUUUUUCAUCUCUUUUCAAAAGACCCAACUCCCCGCCUUUUGGCUUGUUGCCAUGACAACCUGGCUCUCUGCAUCCUCAAGUGACCACCAAGCCAUAAUAAACAGUGGGGAGUAGAUACACCCCCUACAGACCCUUAUAAUGAGUUUUUUGUUUAAUUAUCGCAACCAAUUUUAUCGCAAUCUUUGUUAAAUGAAAGUUUAUCAUAUCAAAA